UCCCGGCGGGCUGCGGGGGUUUGGGGCAGAGUUCCAGGCCCACAACCCCAGUCCGGGUCGUACCGCCCCCUUGGCUCCGCGGCCCGCGCUGGGAGCGGGCCUUGCGCUCUCGCUUUGCCCCUGGGCGGGCCGGGCGCCCAGGCCCCGUACCGCUGGCCGCUUGAGGAGAACCGCUGGCCGUGGUCGCCGCCAGGGAUAUUUCAGUGUCUUGAAGAUUAAAGCAGAAAUCUUUGGAGUAGAUGGAUUUUUGUUACUUUCUGUGAACUAAAGCGAUUCAAUGUCUCUUUUGGAUUGUUUCUGCACUUCACGAACACAAGUUGAAUCACUCAGACCUGAAAAACAGUCUGAAACCAGUACCCAUCAAACUUUGGUUGAUGAGCCAACCCUUUCCUUGCUGCCUUCAUCCACUAGAGCCAGUGAAGUGAUCUGUUCCACCAAUGUUUCUCACUAUGAACUCCAAGUGGAAAUAGGAAGGGGAUUUGACAACUUGACUUCUGUCCAUCUUGCACGGCAUACCCCUACAGGAACACUGGUCACUAUAAAAAUUACAAAUCUGGAAAACUGCACUGAAGAACGCCUAAAAGCUUUACAGAAAGCAGUGAUUCUAUCCCACUUUUUCCGGCAUCCCAAUAUUACAACUUACUGGACUGUUUUCACUGUUGGCAGCUGGCUUUGGGUUAUUUCUCCUUUUAUGGCCUAUGGUUCAGCAAGUCAACUCUUGAGGACUUACUUUCCUGAAGGAAUGAGUGAAACUUUAAUAAGGAACAUUCUCUUUGGAGCAGUGAGAGGGUUGAACUAUCUGCAUCAAAAUGGCUGUAUUCACAGGAGUAUUAAAGCCAGCCAUAUCCUCAUUUCUGGUGAUGGCCUAGUGACCCUCUCUGGCCUGUUCCACCUGCAUAGUUUGGUUAAGCACGGACAGAGGCAUAGAGCUGUGUAUGAUUUCCCACAGUUCAGCACAUCAGUGCAGCCGUGGCUGAGUCCAGAACUGCUGAGACAGGAUUUACAUGGAUAUAAUGUAAAGUCAGAUAUUUACAGCGUUGGGAUUACAGCCUGUGAAUUGGCCAGUGGGCAGGUUCCUUUCCAAGACAUGCACAGGACACAGAUGUUAUUACAGAAACUGAAAGGUCCUCCCUACAGUCCAUUGGAUGCCAGUAUUUUUCCUCAGUCAGAAUCCAGAAUGAAAAAUUCGCGGUCAGGUGUAGACUCUGGGAUUGGAGAAAGUGUACAUGUCUCCAGUGGAACUCGCACAGUAAAUAGUGACAGAUUGCAAACACCUUCCUCAAAAACAUUCUCUCCUGCCUUCCUCAGCUUGAUACAGCUCUGUUUGCAACAGGAUCCUGAGAAAAGGCCAUCAGCAAGCAGCUUACUGUCCCAUGUUUUCUUCAAACAGAUGAAAGAAGAAAACCAGAGUUCAAUACUUUCACUAUUGCCUCCUCCUUGUCACAAGCCAUCAAUAUCACUGUCUCCAGCAUCACCUUGGACUAAGCCAGAAUGUGAUUUUCCUGAUGAAAAAGACUUAAACUGGGAAUUCUAGGGCUGCCGGAUCCUUUUAUGUCCUAUAUACUUGACACUUUCUCCCUGCUGCUUUUUCUUCUGUAUUGCUAGGUACAAAUACUAGAAUUAUACUUGAAAAUACAGUUGGUGCACUGGAGAAUCUAUCAUUUGAAACCACUCUGUUCAAAGGAGCAGGAGUUUAUAGCCCGUUCGGUUAGCUCAGAGUGCUCUGACAACUCCAGGGAAACUUUGGAAUUAUUACUCUAACUACAUUUAGUAUCAUCUGUGGAUGACAGAUGACAUGAAAAAAAAAUUCUUCCCCAAGCUGUGACUAACUCUUUUUUGAUCUCUCAGUAUGAUUUUUGAGCCAGUUAAAUUUUUCAGCGUUUUGCUGCCCUCAGGGGAAUGAGCCCGCAGAGGACAGUGCUUCUAAGUACAUUUUUUACUUCCAGAUCCUAGCCUUUUUGAUCAGCCAUUGUUAAAACAACAGGGUUUUAUCCUGGCAUCAAACCCUUUUCUGUUAGAAGGGAAAAUGCUUAUACUUUCCCACUUUCUUCUGUUAAUAUUUCUGUUAAUAUCAAACUGAGCCUCACUCACAUUAAAUGAUUCACUUGAAAUACACACAGAAGUUGUAAUUUGCUUCUUUUUUAAAGGGGCUAAAGUAACACUUUUCUACUUAUGUAAAUUAUAGAUCCUAAAUUCAUGCACCCCACAGGAGCUCAAUAAAGAUUUAUUGAAUUGAGUUUAUAUUAAUAACUUU